AUGAGUUCGACACCUGUCAAGCCCCCUAACGAGAUCCAUCGUGCUUGGUGGAAGGAAAGCUCUGUCUAUCAGAUUUGGCCCGCUUCCUACAAAGACUCUAACGACGAUGGCAUUGGCGACAUUCCAGGAAUAGUCUCAAAGCUCGACUACAUUCGGGACCUCGGAGUCGACAUUGUUUGGCUAUGUCCGUCGUACAAAUCCCCCCAAGUGGACAUGGGAUACGACAUUGCGGACUACUACAGCAUCGCAGAGGAAUAUGGCACGGUCGCGGACGUUGAGAAGCUCAUUCAGGGCUGUCACGAGAGGGGUAUGAAGCUUCUCAUGGAUCUAGUCGUGAACCAUACCAGUGAUCAGCAUGAUUGGUUCAAGAAGUCGCGGAGCUCGAAGGAUAGCGAGUUCCGCGACUGGUAUGUCUGGCGGCCACCUCGCUACGAUGAGAACGGGAAUCGCCAGCCCCCGAACAAUUGGGUAUCACACUUUCAAGGAAGCGCUUGGGAAUUUGACGAGCCGACGGGGGAAUAUUACCUGCAUCUAUACGCCGUCGAACAGCCCGACUUGAACUGGGAGAACCCCGCCGUUCGAAAGGCAGUCCACGAUAUUGUGCGUUUUUGGCUGGACAAAGGAGCUGAUGGCUUCCGCAUGGAUGUCAUCAACUUUAUCAGUAAAGAUCAGGGAUUCCCCGACGCACCCAACCAGGAUCCGGACGCCAUAUGGCAAUGGGGUGACAGGUACUACGCGAAUGGGCCUCGUCUGCACGAAUACUUACAAGGUAUUGGCAAGAUACUCAAAGAAUAUGACGCCUUCAGCGUCGGUGAGAUGCCUUUCGUGAAAGAUACCGAUGAAGUGCUGAAAGCGGUUCGCUACGACCGGAACGAGAUCAACAUGAUCUUCAACUUUGAGCACGUCGACAUUGACCACGCUCCAUGGGGCAACAAGUUCAAGCCUGGGAGCUGGAAACUCACGGACCUCAAGGCCUUCUUCGAGCGCUGGCAAGUGUUCAUGUACAACAACGGCGGCUGGAAUGCUCUGUACUGGGAGAACCACGACCAGCCUCGAUCGAUUGACCGCUACGUCAACCCGCCUCAAGCUCUUCGGCCGGCGGCCGGGAAGAUGCUGGCCACCGUUCUGGCCCUGCAUGCGGGAUCUCCGUUCAUCUAUCAAGGUCAGGAGAUAGGCAUGGGCAACGUUCCUAUUGAAUGGGACAUGGGCGAAUACAAGGACAUUGACUGUCUGAACCACUGGAAGGGUUUGCUGGAACACAAGCCGACAGACACCGAAGCACAGAAGAUUGCCCGACAGGAAUACCAGAAGAAAUCCCGUGACAACGCUCGCACACCAGUGCAGUGGUCAGCUGAGCCCAAUGGUGGAUUCACCGGGCCAAACGUAAAGCCUUGGAUGUCUGUUAACCCAGAGUACACUCGAGUCAACGCGGCAGACCAAGUCAAGGAUCCCCAAUCCCUUUAUCACUACUGGUCAGAAGUCCUAAAGCUCAGGAAGACGUAUCUCGAUAUCUUCGUGUAUGGCAACUACAAGCUUGUCGACCGUGAUAACCAGGAGGUCUACGCCUACACUCGGGCAUACGACACGUCGCAGGCCUUGGUGUUGGCGAACUGGACAGACAACGAUUUGGCAUGGGAUGCCGCAGCACACAAUGUUGAUCAAGUUAAAGAGGUACUUCUAGACACAUAUGGCACUGCAGGCGCAUCGCGGGAGAGAUUCUCAGGUGGUCAAUGGACACUGCGACCGUACGAGGCGGUCGUGAUUUUGCUAAAAUAG